AUGGUUUACUUUCAGGUUAAUCAUCACUUCUUGAGAAAAGCGAAAUGGGUCCUCGUUUUUGGGAAUCGCCCUAGUAGACAGUUUCUAUUUCUAUGCAUUUAUAAAGCGGUAGAAGAAAUUUAA